AUGUUUGCUUGUGUUCUGCUGGUCACCAUAUUCGGUCAUACCAACACACUGCCACAGCAACCUGAGGAUCCAGACAAAAAUGUCAAUCUGGCUUUAGAAACUGUUCUAGAGUUUUCUAAUAAAUACCAAUCAGGCGAAGAAAAACUGCUAAACGUCGUUCAAAAUUUUAUCAACCGACUUAAAGAUGAAAUGCAUCAUGAUAAACCAAAUAACUCUGGAAAACAUUCAAGGAGAUCUUCAAGCGAUAGCAAAGAUGAACUAGAAAUACUAGGCCUCAAAAUCAUCGAUAGAUUAAAUUAUUUAGAGAAUCAGGUAGAUGAAAUAAAGCAAAACAACGCUCUGAAGGAUUGUUCGACAAACGACAAAAACCAAACUGUAAAUUGCUUCAGUAGAAGUAGUAGCGGAAGAGAUAUAAAUGGCGACGGAUUUGUCAAACUUGUCGAAGUCCAAAAAGGAAGUUUGAGGCAAAAGUAUAACAUUACAGAUGACACGAGCGAUAUUGUUAUUAAGAAAUGCGAUAAAUGUAACGUUUCAAGGAUAUAUAAAAAGAUCUUAAAGACAAACGUGAGAGAAACGAAUGAAGCUACAUCAUCGAAUCAUACGAACACGUUUAUGACAACGUCUAAUCUGAAAUUAUAUCAGGAGGAAUUGAAUCCGCAUCAUCAUCAUCACAACAGACCAAGAAUGAAUACAAGAACUAGAAUAUAUCACACAACUGCAAAAUCAAGUGAUGAAGUCAAGUUAGACCAAAUAAUUGUAAGAUUAAAUAAAACGAAAUUGUCAUUGGAUGAGAGACUAAGAUCAGUUGAUCUUACAACGAUAGCAACAGAGGCUACGUCAACAAUAAAUUUAACUCUAGCAACGAAUGAAAUUAUUCGUAAUUUUAGCAGAACCUUUCCUCUAUCUGGUAGCUACGUCCCGAUAGAUGGUAGAAAGUUUAAUGACAAAAAUACAAGUUCUAUUGGGGCAUUGAUAAAAGAAUUAAAAGAUAGGAAAUUUGAAAGUCAAACUGCGAAAGACAAAGCAAUAUCUAAUAAAGUUAUGGAUUUUUUUUCUCUUCCACGUAAUCCUGUAUUUCGUCCGUCCAAUGUAUGGUGAUUUAGUUUCAAUAAAUAAAAAAUA